AUGCGCGACGAAAACGACGCGUCGAGGGACGGCGACGGCGCGCGAACGGGCGCGCGGGCCGCCGCGCGGGCGUCGUGGAUGAUUCGGAACGGACGCGCGGUCGAUGGGGGACGCGCGGCGGCGCGAGCGUUCGAGGGAGAAGAGGAGGACGGAGGGGCGGCGAGAGCGGCGGCGCGGGGAAAGUUUGCAAACGGAGACGUCGAGGGCGGACGAGAGGUGAUGGCGGCGCAUCGUCGGGCGGUGGGGGAGGGUGGGGUUGAGGUUGGGACGCUGUGCGCGUGGGCGCGCGCGGAGGCGAGCGCUGGGACGAGGGAUGGGGAACGGCGCGCGCGGGCGCUGUUGAGAGAGGCGACGAGCGCGUCGAACGCGAGCGGUCGGGAGAUGUGCGACGCCUGGGUCGCGUUCGGAGGACACGAGAUGGAUCAUGGGAGGGCGGAUAAGGCGCGGCGGUGUUACAAGAGCGCGCUGAGCGCGGUGGAGGGGGAUGAUGCGAUGAAGUCUCGCGCGAGCGCGGCGACGGCGGCGCACUCGUGGGCGCGUUUGGAAGCUCAGGAGAGAAAUCCAAAGCUCGCGAGAGAGCUCUUCGCGCGCGCGGUGGAGCUUUGUGAUUCACACGUGGCGAAUUAUACCGCCUGGGCCGCUUUCGAGCUCAGUCGAGGGCAGAGUGAUCAGGCGAGGGCGUUGCUCGAGAGGGGAUCGGCGUUUUGCGCUCGAGCGGAGUCGUCGCGCGGAAACUCCGUGGAGUCCAGGCGCGCGCGAUCGAUGGCUUCGGCGUUGUACACGUCUUGGGGUGAUUUGGAGGGGCAGCGCGCACUGCGGGUCGAGGAAGGCGAGGACGCGCUCGAUGCGGCGCUCGAAAAAUCGAGAGCGUUAUUUCUGCGCGCUUCCGUCGCGGAUAAGAAGAAUAUUUCGGCUUGGUUGAAAUGGAGCGAACUCGAGAAGGACGUCGCGCGAGGUAACUCUCAUCGCGGAGGCGUCGUAACGAGUGCUCGCAGGAAUACCGUUUCCAAUCGUCGACAGCUCGAAGUACUGAGCGAGGGGUUGAAGGCGAAUCCGGGAGACAUGCGGUUAGAGCACGCGUUCGCCAUGGCGCUCAAGCUCAACGGAGACGUCGAAUCCGCGACGAAGCGGCUCCGUCGCUUGAGCGAGAGAUUUCCCAAGAGUGCGCACGUAUGGCACGCUCUUGGAACUGUCCUACAAGAAUCUGGAGAUUUCCAAGCCGCCAUCGACGCAUUCGAGCGAGGAUCGUUCGCCUCGGGCAAGCCGAAUUUGCCGUGCAUCACCGCGGCAGCCGCAGCGGAGUUUCACGGAGGUCAACACGGCCGCGCGCGACAGCUUUUCGUUCAGGGUGAGUCCGUGCCGCGUCACUUGAGCACACGUCGCGAGCGUGCCGCGCACCUUCGACUGUGGGCUUUGCUGGAGAAGCGCGUCGGGAGUGAAGAGAUGACGCGCAAAUUGUUCCUUCGCGCGACGAGCGAGGACCGCGCGGACGCAGCCACGUGGUUACAGUGGGGACAAUGGGAGAAACGCGUCAACAGCGUCGACGCGGCCCGUAAAGUGCUCAAAGACGGCGUUCGCUACGGAGUUAAUAACGGACAAUACUUUGUCUUUCAGGCUCUCGCGACUUUGGAGGCGGAAUCGAACAACGACACCGCCGCGCGAGAACUAUUCGCGCAAGGAUGCGCCGCGCAUCCGAGAAGCGCGUCGUUAUGGCUUCAAUGGGCAUUAUUCGAGCUUUCAUGCGAAGAAAACGAACGAAAUGCCGUCGGAAAGUCCUUGUCCGUGAUAAAGAAGGGCGUAGCGAGGGCGCCGCCGCACAUUCCGCUCCUCGAGCUGUGGCUCAGCCUCGAGCGACGCUCUGGAGACGAAGACAGCGCUCGCGCGGUGGAAGACAGACUCAAUAAACUUCUGUCGGAACAGAGAUACGCGCCGGAGGGUCACGAAGUGAAGCGAAACGAACGUGACUAG